AGGAAAGUCUUGAAGUUCUGCGAUACAAUAGAAAAGGGUUAAAAUCUUGGUGUAUGGAACAGAGGACGGAUAGUGGUCGUUUCAUGAAAUACAUAUGACCGAAGGUAAUUCAAAAUGUUGCUCAAUUCGAUGUAGGUAGCUCUGAUAUUCGGGACGAGUGCGCCAAGCGUGCCGCACGAGUGAGACAGGCAGAAAGAGAAAAACGAAGACACGCACGGUAGGCUAGUAUAGAGCGGCACGGGCAGCUACGAUUCACGAUACAUAUUAUUUUUCAUUAAAACAAGCAUCACGGAAAUUACGAAAAAUAAGUACGGAACGGGAUAAGGCUUUAUAAUAUUAUAACGAAACCAUGGAACAUUGCGAGGGCUUUACGCAAGAGAAAGUACAAGAAGGAGAAUAUGGAUUCUUCUGGCAAGAUUAUUUGGAUGCUACAGAAAGUGUUGAAGUUCCACAAAUUAUGUUCCCACAUGUGGAACUCACACUACAAAGUGGUAUUGAGAUUGGCAUGUCACUUGAAGUACCACUUUCAAAGAAUACAGAUGAGAAAAAUAUUAAAUUUUGGGUGGCUUCCAUUGUCAUGGCAUGUGGACCUCUGCUACGAUUACGAUACUUUGGUGGGGAUGAUAGGUCCUUGGAAUUCUGGUUUAAUCUUACCAAAGAAGCUGCUCAUGAACUUGGAUGGUGUAUGAAGAACAAUAAAAAAUUGGAACCUCCCGAUAUUGUACUUCAGAGGUCUCCAGAAUCUGUAGAGAAAUUGAUUGAGUUUUUAGCAACAGCCAGGACUGUUCCAUCAGAAAUGUUAUCAGGGGAUGGUCUCAGCAUGACAGAGAGAAUUAAACAAGGCAUGAAGGUUGAAGUUAGCGAUACCCUACAUCCUUAUAAAUUAUGGGUAGCUACGAUCAUAGAGAAUGUAGGAGGACGUCUUCUACUGAGAUAUGACACACCUGGUUCGUCGUGUAAAGAUUUCUGGAUGUUCUGUACAUCAGAACAUCUUCAUCCGUAUGGAUUUACGGCUAAGUCAGACUCCACUUGGUUCUUAGAACCACCCAGUUCUAUUGUAGAAAUGCAUACAUAUGAAGAAUGGAAGGACUUGUUAGAAAAUAUACCAAAAGGCAAUGAUCUACCGGAUGAACUGUUCCAUAAUAGUAUAGAACACCCGAAGCAUGGAUUUAAAAUUGGCAUGAAACUGGAAGCUUUAAGUCCAAGUGAUCAAAUGAAUAUAUGUCCAGCUACUGUCAUAAAAGUAUUUGAUGGCAUUUAUUUCCUUGUACAAAUUGAUGUAUAUGAUCCAUCUGCAAAUGCGACUGAUAUGGAAACAUGUACGUACAAUAGUACAGAAAAGAAUACUUGGCUCUGCACUGCAGAACAUCCAUACAUAUUUCCAGUUGGAUGGGCAAAGAAGAAUAACAUUAAAGUUGCAUUGCCAAAAGGCUGGAUUCCAAAGGGGGAAGAAUUUGAUUGGGACGAAUAUCUAAAAGAGACUCAAGCAACCGCUGCAGAAGAGACACUAUUCUUUGAAAGACAAAGUGCUGCAGAUGCAGGUUUCGAAUCUGGUAUGCGACUAGAAGCAGUUGAACCAGGAAACGAAAACAUCAUAUGUGCUGCGUAUAUUGCAAAAAUCGUUGACAAUCUCUUGUGGUUAAAGUUAGACAAUUAUGAUAACACAAGGCCAGAGAAUAUCGUUGAUAUGCAUUCCCUAAAAAUAUUCCCUGUUGGAUGGUGUGAAUCUAAUCACUAUCCACUGAAGCCACCGAAAAACUAUGCAGAGGUUUGUAAAAAGUUACACACACCUGUCAAGGAGGAGAAAAAGAACGGCGUUCUGGAUAUACCGAUAUCCGAGCCACGAUCUUCGUUGUGGUGUCCAAAGAUAUAUUUCAAUUACCGUUGUUUCACGGGACCAAUGAUUUCCAAAGGAAAAUUGGCCACUCUGCCAAAAGCAGUGGGCCCCGGUCCUGUAAUUUUAGUUAUGAGAGAAGUUUUAUCAAUGAUCGUAUCCGUUGGGUAUAGAAGUGCCCGCAUAUUGAAAGUACUGCAGUGUGAUUCGAAACCAGACCCUGGUUACCACUUAGAAGUUUUAAAGGCAAAACAUAAAAACAACACGUAUCGUGCAAGUGUUGCUGUUGUAACGUCUGGAGACAUGGUGGCUGAUUUUUGCAGAAAUAUUUGUAAAAAAUUAAUGGUGUGCCCGAAUCUCUUUGGUCCCUUACAUGUACCUGAAAAUGAGUGUCCUGAUAAAUGUCACAAGACGUCCAAAGCAAAAUUCACGGCCUCAGUGGGUACCGGAAGAAGAGGAAAACCAAAAGGUUACACCAGUAUCAUGGUACAGAAGCCAAAGCCGUGGGGUGGUAGAAGGAAGCGAAGACGAGGUAGAUGGGCAAAUAGGGAAAAAGAGGCGCAUGACGAUUUCGAUCAUGAAGAGGAGAUGCCAUUUAUGUCACUGGACUUAGCGAAACACGUAUCAGGACUCGAAGUGUCCCUCGAGGAUUGUCAACGACCACAACUCUCUGAAAUAGACAUCAUGAUUCAGAAAGGCUUAGAGAAAGAAGAAAAGUCCGACGAGUUUAAAACUGAACCUCCUUCGAGUAACGCUUCAGAAGAUUCUGGAAGCUCGUUUAACGAUAGGAAAACGAAAGACAGAGGAAGUCCCAGUAGCAUGAGCAGCAAACAACAUUCAUCGAAAUAUAAUCAAUGUAAUGCUGUCACUAGGGCAAGCAAAAGAGAACGAGAUUGGGACACAAGUAUCGAAUCUGAUUGUUCAGAAGCAGAUGCCGAAUACGUGCGGAUGCAACAGAAGCAACGACGUCCGAAAACGCGAAAGCUUGAUUCGAAUCCGUUAUUCUGGACCGUUGACGACGUAUUUAGAUACUUAAGGAAAACGAAUGAUUGUAAAGACAUUGCGUAUAGAGUCAAGCAAGAGGAAAUUGAUGGAUUGGCAUUUUUAUUAUUAAAUCUGCCGUCUUUAACGCAACACAUGAAACUACGGACGAGUUUAGCUAUGAAGCUUUGUCGCCACGUGGAACAAGUAAAAGUCACAUUCUUUUUACGACAUAUAAAUGAGGUAGAACCGAAUCAGUAUCAAAUUGUAUAAUUUAUAUAAUUAGGAAAUUAAAUUUAUUUUAUUAUUUAUACAGUGUAACAUAGUGUGCUGCGAGAAGGAGAAGCGACGUUGAAUUGUUUAUUGUAUAGUACUGACAAAGUGAUUUUUAAUUUAUACAUAUAUGAAUGCAAGACUGCAUUAUCAUGAAAU